AUGGCGACGCCUACCGAGGAGGCGGAAACGCCGGAACAGCAACGGGCGGCAAAGAGGAAGACGCAUAGGAAAAGUCGCAACGGUUGCUUCCAGUGCAAGCAGAGACAUACCAAGGCAGACACCCAUAUCAGCAGUGCCCUCGAAACAUACAGAAAAAUUCUCGAGCACCCAGCAGAAGAGACGGCCAUGGCCAUGUUCCUAUUAUCGGUGGUUAUAGUCACCUACAACCUUGCUUCGGCGCAGUUGGAAGCACCCGAGGAUCCCAUCGGUGCAUUACAUCAUUGCUUCAGACUGGCCCAAGGAGUUUCGGUUGUCAUCCAGCCGCAUGUGACCCAGAUCAUGAACAGCAAGAUGUUGAGCAAGAUUGUUGAGCAAGGUCCAGGACUAACGUUCAACGGCGAAGUGCCCGAGGUUCUCCGGCUGAAGAAGCUUGCAGAAACCAAGAAAACUUCGGCGCACGAUUUCUAUACGCUGGCCAUUGACGAUCUGCACACUCAUUUUCUCAAAACGCGACAGUGUCCUCCGGAGAAUGACCGCCUGGUAUGUAAACGAUCAUAG